GUCUGGUAUUUCUUCUUUAGGUGAUCUGAAGGUGAUCCAGGAGGACUAUGUGACUUCCCUAGUCGAAAAGUUAAAUUCUAUAUGUGCUGAUGUUUCUUUGUGCCUUGCUCUUCCCUCAGAGCAGCCUACUCAUAACUUUGUUCCAGGACAAAAGGUCUUUGUGAGGAAUCUGAAGCCAACAAAGGUUGGAGAACCAAAGUACCACGGACCAGCAACUGUGAUUGCCGUAACACGGACAGGAGUUCUGACGGACUACCAGCCACAGUGGAUAAACGCUUCCAGACUGAACUUGUGUUCUUCAGGAGAGCAGGCAAGCUCCAAUUUAACAUAGAAUCUCAACAGGGGAUUCACCUUACUACACCUCAGGGUGGAGAAAGCACUGACUAAGCUGAGGAAAGAACUACCUUUCGUGAGGUGGGGGCCACCCAAAGCAAGAAGAUAGGAGGCCCAUUGAGCCAACAGUGCUGACUCUGUAGCUUCCCCUGAGGUGCAUUGAGGGCCAAAUUCUAUUCUUAAAAGGAAAAAGGGAAAAAAUGUUAUCCUAAGCAAAUUUCCCAUGGAAUUCUUAGAUAUCAAUUCCUAUACUGCGUGCACACUUACAGAAGCCCUUAUUGUGUUUGGCCCAGAUAUUCUUAAAUUCUUAAAUGAUAGAACCUAACAGGCCAGGGCACCCGUUCAGGCAGCCAGGUAGACUGCGUGGAACAACGAUUAUUCUAAUCCUAAUAAGUAUAAUAAUCACUGGUAUAAUCCUAAAUUAAGAAGUAAAAUUAGAGAGAAAUGAACUGCUUACAACAGACAUGAUUUUAAAUGAUGAUGGUAACUACGAGAUGCCAAAACAAAUGUCUCUAAUAGUACAAAUGACUCUGAAUAUUGGAGAAGGAAGACCACCAACAUCCGUAAUGCGAGACUAUAACUGUUCGUAUACUGGAGAACCUUUUCAAGGUCCUGCAUUUUAUGUAAAUGCUCAUCCCGCAGAAUUAUGUGUGUGUUCCAAAUCAGUCAGACAUAUAGUAGGAAUGUCCAAUUGAAGAAAUGAAAUUACUUUGUCUCAAUCAAAUAACGGACAUCAUAAUUGCACCAUACAAUAUCUCAAUAAAACUACUGAGGGAUUUGAAUGUCCAUUUUCACACUUAGACAGUUCACCAGGAAUGGUGUGGGUUUGUGGUGAAACUGCAUAUUACCAUUUAGAUGCAGGGGAAUGGAAAGGUUGUUGUUAUGCUGCUAUUUUGUCCACAGGAACUAGCAUAAUGGAAAAGACAAAUCUGGCCACAUCUUUGAAUAGACAUAAAAGGGAAGUAAAACUGCCAAAUUAUUAUGCAGGCCAUAAGAUUAGUGAUCCAUGGACUACUCCUUGGGAAAACGUGGGAUGGUCCCUAGCAGAUUAUGCAGACAAUGUCACCGACGUUGUGAAGCACAUGAGAGAAUCAGUUCGUGAACCCACACCGGUAGAUGCAACAUGGUUUCAAUGGUUGGACAGCCUAUCAGGGGGAUGGGGAUAUUGGAUAACCGGUACAGUAAUUCCAGUUGUGAUGACCAUCUUAGCCUUGUUAUUAUUUUUGCCAUGCAUGUUGCAGUGUGGGGUGGGAUGUGUUAAAAGAUCUGUUACUUCCUUUACAACCAAAGGAACCGAUCGAAUGAUGUUAGCAAAAAGAACGACUGACGUCAACCAGGCUAUGCUGGUUAGACGCACAUCUAAAGGUUAUCGUCCGAAAGAUCAGAAUCAAACUUGGGGAUCCAUAUUUGAUCAUAACAGCGAUACGGACGAGGAUGAUAAUGAUUGUGUUCAAACACAUGAGUUAGAACCAGAACCAAUACCGGUGAUGGAAGAACCAAGAAAUGUUGAUGGACGUGACAAUGUAAUGGAAGGAGAUAAUGGGCUUGACGAUUCGGUAAUUGAGAUUGGCACGGUAGAUGAUGAAGAGUAGAUAUAAUUAUGUUUAUGUUUUCGUUUUUAUUGAGGGUGAUUGGUGUUGUUAUGUUUUUAUUACAAAUCAGUCCGAUUGAUCUUUUACCUCAAAGAGCAGCUUGCAAACCAGAAAACCACAUAAAAAUACGCAAAUGCAACUAUCCUUUUAUUAAAGAUUUUGUAUUAACCUUUUGAUUAACCUUUUGUACUACUCUAUAUAUAUAUUUGUUCUUUAAAGGGACACAGGACUGCUUGUAAGACCGUUGGUCUGAAAGUGGCCAUUGUGAGAAUCUGGAUUUCGUCCUGUCCUCUACAAAUAUUGCAUCUGUGUUUAAUACAAAGUUCAUGUAUCAUAUGUAUUCAUUCGUAUGCAUUCCUAUUAAUAUUAGCUUCUAUUCAUAUUAGAUGUGCCUUUCAUUCUUGUUGUUUAACCUCGUUGAAAGUUCUAUCAUGUCAUGCUGUCUUAUGUUGAUAUAAGUAUCUGUUGUUCUCCAUAUCAAGGUUCCUAAUGAUGCCUAUGGACGAUUGUUCUGUUAUUGUAAUAUUGAAUAUGUAAUCAUAUCUGAUUGUUCAGGAGGAAAGACUAAACAGAAAGUCUGGUGAUUUUCCACUGUUUUGGUGGUUUUAUAUGACACCUCCUU